CUUAAGGAAGCAGAUAACCGUAGUCAAUCUCGGACAAGGAAAAUAUGUUAGUGUACCAUUCAGACUGAGAUCGCCAAAGCAAGACAUGGAAGCCUUUAAACUUAUGAAGCAACUGAAGACAAAUUUCGAACAAGAAGCUCACUAUCUGCCGAGGGAGAAAGGGCUGAACCUGAUCGAGUCCUCCCUGGAGAAUGACAGACAAAUCUCGGCACGGUGUCGGGACGCCAGGGUUGAAGACCUCUGGAGCCUGACCAAUUUCUUCGGUUAUAGUACCCAGACCUUUGUACAGGCCGUCAAUCUGUUAGAUAGGUUCCUGGCCAUGAUGAAGGUCCAGCCAAAGCACUUAUCCUGCAUCAGCCUCAGCUGUUUCCAUAUCGCAGCUAAAGUGGUGGAGGAGGAGUGCAAUAUUUCAUCCACCCAUGACCUUAUUCGCAUCAGCCAAAGCAAAUUCACUGUCUCAGACCUCAGCCGAAUGGAGAAGAUCAUUUCGGAAAAGCUGAAUUUUCAGUUCAAAGCCAUCACAGCCUUAACCUUUUUGCACCUCUACCACGAAGUGACUCUUUUACAUACCUCAGAGGGGAAGGACAGCCUGAACCUCGACAAAUUGGAGGCGCAGCUGAAAGCCUGUCUUUGUCGACUCGUAUUCUCCAAAGCCAAGCCGUCAGUAUUAGCGUUGUCCCUCAUCGCCCAAGAGAUUGAAGCCCUCCAGUCAGCGGACUUGUUAGAAAUUGCACAGCAUAUUCAGAGGCACCUAAAGAUCGCUGACGGGGAGCUGCUGUACUGGAGGGAGCUGGUAGCCAAGUGCAUGAUGGACUACUCUUCACCUGAAUGCUGCAAGCCAGACAACAAGAAGCUGGUUUGGAUCGUGUCCAGGCGGACGGCACAAAAUUUGCACAGUAGCUACUACAGCGUUCCUGAACUGCCAACUAUCCCAGAAGGCGGCUGGGACGAAAGCGGAAGCGAAGACUCCAGUGAGGACAUGAGCUGUGGGGAAGACAGCCUGGGCAGCGACUCAGAGGGGCCCUGCUUCCCGCCACGCCCCCGCCGCCACUCCUACGGGCACACCUAGGCCUCGUCACGGCACGUCCGGACACAGAACGUCGCUCGCCGCGAUCAAAUUACUCGUUAAAUUCAUCAGGGUUGUUUUAUACUUUGGACAUACGCAAAUCUCUUGUACUUUUCACCCACAAGUCCAUAUACUGUACAUGUUUUUUGGUUGCGUUUGACGUUCUGUGGGGAAACAUAAAUAAUUACAUUGUCCUGGCAGCUGAGUUUACUCAAUCUUGAUUUUUUUUUUUUGUAGCUGUAGUGUAGGAACUGAUACCUGUUUAGAUUUGCCACAUUCCAGGUGACUAACAGCACAAAGCUGAAGUGCAAUAAACUUAAAACAAGGACUGUGCAGUACCAGGCCGCUGGCUCAGAACACGUACCUUGUACUUUUUUUUGUAUAAUGUGUGAAUUGUUAAGGGCGGACGCGGUUUUCCACCGUCCUUUGUAUUGUGAAAGUUGAGUAUUUCAUAAGUAUGCAUGGUGUUGUGUGUUAGUGUGAAAUUGAAAGAAGAAAAAACUGCCAACCUAAGUGUGAAAAGAACA